GACUAAGAUUAAAAGCAAAUUAAAAUUCUCAUGAAAGCGCCGUCUAAAAGACACAAAGGAUCUGCCAUUUUGGCCCCGAAUGUCCAUUUUAGAGUAGUUUGGGCCAGUUUGUCUGCCCCUGAUUUAAAAAAAAAAAAAAAAGAAGUAAAUGACCUUUUUUUUAAUGUAAUGCUGCAAUCAGACUUCAGCCUCUCUGUUGCCAUGUCGAUGUAAUCUGCCCAGGGCCUUCAGAAUCACUAGUGUUGAGUUGUGUCAUUUAAACUAUAUGAGCAAUGGGAGAGUUUCUUUAACCCGUCUGAUUUUACAUUUACCUCCCACAAUAAUGUCCGCAUUCCCCCCCUCCUUCUUAUUGGUUGGUCAGAGCAAAACAUAUUAAUACCUUUAAUUCAACUCAACAUCUCUGGUGACGACGAUGCAUUCACAUUUUUUCAAAUGUUUUUGGUCUUAUGAGAUACAUACUGAUUAUGAACUGCUGCAGAGUUCUGUUGUGUUUGAUUGCUAGUUUGUGUAAUUGCAAUGCGUUAGUGGUGAUGUUAAGAGGUGCAUUCAGUCCCCGCUGAAGGCCCAGGUACCAAAUGCAUGACCCACCAGUGCUUUACAGUAAUACUCCAUUUUGUAGUUGCUUCGUUUGACAAUCCACAAUCCACCCCCUCUGUUCUUUGCGAAGAUGGUACCUCCCGUGUGUGGACCAUUGCAGAUGCUCUCUCCCUCCCUCCUCUCGCAUGUUUUCCUCGCAUCCUCCCCCCACCAGUCGAGCGACUGUAAUCCCAUCAGCUCUCGCUCUCGCUCUCUCGUGCACGACACGAGAAGUGUUGGCACAUGGAAAUGGGAGGGAUUCUGGGAGCCUUCGCGUUGCUUUGAAGCCGUAGGGUGGCGGCCACCUCCCCCCCGCCCCCUUCCCACUCCAUCACUUUUUCUAACCUGCGUACAGUGGAAGUGGCUUCUGUUUGCAGUCAAACGGCAGGACUUGUGAUAGUUGUCAGGUGUAUUCCCUCUUUGUCUGAGUGCGGAAACAGUUAGCGGGCAGCCAUGGCGCACGCCGCCGCCCACAUUAAGAAGGCCAGGUCUGAGAUGGAUCCACCUGCGGACCUGAAGGCGCUGGAAAAAGCAAAGGAGAGAAGACGGCGAUCCCGAGAGCAGGCGGAACGAAAGCGCAAGUGUGGUGUCAACGCAGACGCGGUUUCUGAGUACAAAGUCCUCGAUGAUGUUGGACUAGGAUUGACCAAAUCCUGGAUUAAAGUUUUUAUAAUCUGUUUGUUGUGGCACUACAGGACGCUGCAGCUCAAAAGAGAUUCCACUGCGGCUAUUGCUAUGACAACGAAAAGGAUAGGACCGUUUCUCAAAUCAUAUGCUGUCAAUGUUUCUCUGUCCUUGGAUUCCGACAGCAACACCAGCUUCCUGCGUGCGGCCAGAGCGGGGAACGUCGACAAGGUGUUGGAAUAUCUGAAAGGGGGCGUCGACAUCAACACCAGCAAUCAGAAUGGACUUAAUGCACUGCACCUGGCAGCCAAGGAAGGCCAUGUAGAGCUUGUUCAGGAGCUGCUGGAAAGGGGAGUUGCAUUGAAUUCUGCAACAAAAAAAGGAAACACUGCUCUGCACAUCUCCUCUUUAGCUGGUCAGGCUGAAGUGGUGAAGAUGCUGGUCAAACAAGGUGCGGAUAUAAACACGCAGUCUCAGAAUGGAUUCACUCCUCUCUACAUGGCUGCCCAGGAGAACCACUUGGAUGUGGUGCGAUACCUUCUGGAGAACGGAGGCAACCAGAGUACUGCCACGGAGGACGGCUUCACGCCUCUGGCCAUUGCCCUUCAGCAAGGCCACAACCAAGUGGUUUCAAUCUUACUGGAAAACGACACGAAAGGGAAGGUCCGAUUGCCUGCCUUGCAUAUCGCGGCCCGCAAAGACGACACCAAAUCGGCGGCCCUGCUUCUCCAGAACGACCACAACGCUGAUGUCCAGUCCAAGAUGAUGGUCAAUAGAACUACUGAGAGUGGAUUCACCCCGCUGCAUAUAGCUGCCCACUAUGGAAAUGUCAACGUGGCCACACUCCUACUGAACCGAGGGGCUGCUGUCGACUUCCUCGCCAGGAACGGCAUCACCCCCCUUCACGUGGCAUCCAAGCGAGGCAACACGAACAUGGUUUGCCUGCUGCUGGAUCGUGGCUCUCAGAUAGACGCCAAAACAAGGGAUGGCCUGACCCCGCUGCACUGCGCGGCCCGGAGCGGACACGAAACGGCCGUUGAGCUCCUCCUGGAGAGAGGAGCGCCUCUGCUUGCCAGGACCAAGAAUGGCUUGUCUCCCCUCCACAUGGCGACGCAAGGCGAUCACGUGGAGUGCGUCAAACACCUUCUGCAGCACAAGGCGCCCAUCGGCGACGUGACUCUGGACUACCUGACAGCUUUACACGUGGCCGCCCACUGCGGCCACUACCGAGUUACCAAGCUUCUUUUGGACAAGAGGGCCAACCCUAAUGCCCGGGCAUUGAAUGGUUUUACUCCAUUGCACAUAGCCUGUAAGAAGAACCGGGUGAAAGUCAUGGAGUUGCUGGUGAAAUAUGGAGCCUCAAUCCAGGCCAUUACAGAGUCCGGUUUGACGCCCAUCCACGUGGCAGCCUUCAUGGGUCACCUCAACAUAGUUCUCCUGCUGCUGCAAAACGGGGCUUCUCCGGACAGGAGCAACAUCCGUGGCGAAACCGCGUUACACAUGGCGACCAGGGCCGGUCAGGUGGAGGUGGUUCGAUGUCUACUGAGGAACGGCGCAAUGGUAGACGCCAGGGCUCGGGAAGACCAGACCCCGCUCCACAUUGCUGCCCGGCUGGGGAAAACCGAGAUUGUCCAGCUACUGCUGCAACACAUGGCCCACCCCGAUGCGGCCACAGCCAACGGCUACACUCCGCUUCACAUCGCCGCCAAGGAGGGCCAGGUGGAGACCGCCUCAGUUCUGCUGGAGGCGGGCGCGUCGCACUCGCUGGCCACAAAGAAAGGAUUUACUCCCCUUCAUGUUGCCUCAAAGUACGGAAGCCUAGAUGUGGCCAAACUUCUGCUGCAGCGUUGUGCGCCGCCUGAUUCUGCAGGGAAGAAUGGCCUCACUCCGCUCCACGUUGCAGCACAUUAUGACAACCAGAAGGUGGCGCUUCUGCUCCUGGACAAGGGAGCGUCCCCGCACACGAUUGUCAAGAAUGGCUACACGCCUCUCCACAUCGUGGCCAAGAAAAACCAAAUAGACAUCGCGACAGUUCUGCUGAAUUACGGGGCCGAGACCAACGUCCUGACCAAACAGGGCGUCACGCCGCUCCAUUUGGCUUCGGAGGAGGGCCACGCCGACAUGGCUGCGCUGCUCCUGAGUAAGGGAGCUCAUGUCAAUACGCCCACUAAGUGUGGCCUUACCGCCAUUCAUUUGGCAGCACAAGAUGAUAAAGUUGCUGCUGCAGAGAUCCUUGCCAGAAAUGGAGCCAAUCUCAACCAGCAGACCAAACUGGGCUACACUCCUCUAAUUGUUGCAUGUCACUAUGGAAACACCAAGAUGGUCAACUUCCUUCUUCAAAACGGCGCCAGCGUGACAGUGAAGACCAAGAACGGAUACAGCCCACUUCACCAGGCGGCCCAGCAGGGCAACACGCACAUCAUCAACAUACUUUUGCAGUACGGGGCCAAGCCAAACGCUGUCACUGUGAAUGGAAACACCGCUCUGGGUAUUGCUCGAAGGCUGGGCUACAUCUCUGUUGUGGACACGCUGAAGGUCGUCACAGAGGAGAUCAUCACCACCACCACGACGGUGACAGAGAAACAUAAACUAAAUGUGCCAGAAACAAUGACUGAAGUACUGGAUGUCUCGGAUGAAGAAGGCGAUGACACCAUGACGGGUGACGGAGGAGAAUAUUUCAGAGCUGAAGACCUCAGAGAGCUUGGAGAUGAUUCACUGCCAGGACAGUAUCUGGAUAACAUGAACUACCUCUGCUUCAGCAACGAGGGGGCGCACACUGGCAGUUCAGAACGGUCGUUCACCCCCACGCGUCAAAGCUACUACCACAAACAAGAACGUAUGAUGGAUGAAAUGCUCAACUGUCAGAUGUCAUCACUUUCAAGGGAAAAUGAGAGCGACUCCUACCGACUGAGUUGGGGCACAGAGAAUUUAGACAACAUAGCUUUAUCUUCCAGUCCACUUCACUCUGGCCGUUCUUCUCCGUGCCGUGAUCAUAAGGACCACAGCAGCUUCCUGGUUAGCUUCAUGGUGGAUGCAAGAGGCGGCUCCAUGCAGGGCUGUCGCCACAAUGGCCUGCGCAUCAUCAUCCCGCCUGGGAAGUGCAGCGCUCCCACACGAGUGACCUGCAGGCUGGUGAAAAGGCACCGCCUGGCCAGCAUGCCCCCCAUUGUUGAAGGCGAGGGUCUCGCCAGCAGGUUUAUUGAGGUGGCACCGUUUGGAGCCCAGCUUCUUGGUAAGCUCCACCUCCCCAGCGCCCCGCCACCUCUCAAUGAAGGCGAGAGUUUGGUGAGCAGAAUCCUCCAGCUUGGCCCGCCAGGGACAAAUUUCCUCGGUCCUGUAAUUGUGGAGGUGCCCCACUUUGCCGCGCUGCGCGGGGGCGAGCGGGAGCUUGUCAUCUUGAGGAGUGAGACUGGAGAGAGCUGGAAGGAGCAUCACUGUGAACACACCCAGGAAGAACUCAACCAGAUCCUCAACAGCAUGGAUGAAGACCUGGACUCUCAGGAGGAGCUCCAGAAAAAGCGCAUUUGCCGCAUCAUCACCAGAGAUCUCCCACAAUACUUUGCGGUCGUGUCGCGUAUUAGGCAAGACAGUAUUCUGAUUGGUCCGGAAGGAGGCGUCCUGAGCAGCACAGUUGUGUCCCAAGUGAGAGCAGCAUUUCCUGAGGGGGCCCUCACCAAAAGGAUCAGGGUGGGCCUGCAGGCCCAGACAGUGAGUUUGGAUAUCGUCAGGAGGGCUCUUGGGAACAAGUCCAGCUUCAGCCCCAUCGUCACUUUGGAGCCCCGCCGAAGGAAGUUUCAUAAGCCCAUAACCGUGACAAUCCCGGUCCCGAAAGGCAACUGUGACCCAGUCCUUCACGGUUUAGGACGGGACACCCCAACCUUACGCCUGCUCUGCAGUAUCACAGGUGGAACAACACCAGCCCAGUGGGAGGACAUAACAGGAACCACUCCCUUAACAUUUGACAGUGACCGCGUCUCCUUCACGACAAACGUUUCUGCUAGAUUUUGGCUAAUAGACUGCCGGCAAGUCCAGGAAUCUGUCAACUUCUCCGCUCAAGUUUACCGGGAGAUCAUCUGUGUGCCUUACAUGGCUAAGUUUGUCAUCUUUGCCAAAACCCCCGACCCCAUCGAGGGCCACCUGCGUUGCUUCUGCAUGACCGAUGACAAGACUGACAAAACGCUGGAGCAGCAAGAGAACUUCACGGAGGUGGCCCGCAGUCGAGAUGUAGAGGUUCUAGAAGGAAAGCCCAUCUAUGCAGAUUGCUGUGGAAACUUUGUUCCCCUCACCAAAAGUGGCCAGCAUCAUCUCUUCAGCUUUUUUGCUUUCAAAGAGAACCGACUAACGCUUUUCAUCAAAAUCAGAGACAACACCCAGGAGCUUUGCGGCCGCUUGUGUUUUCUGAAGGAACCCCGGAGUCACAGGUUACUCGCCCACAACGCCAUAUGCAACCUCAACAUCACCCUGCCGUCCUACUGCAAGGAGUCUGAUUCAGAUCAAGAUGAAGAGGUCAACACAACACAAGAGAGAUACGAAGAAAUGGCCCCGUCAGUCCCCAAAUCUGAGCUGAUCCGAGAACCAGACCUCCUAUUAGACGUGUCGGAGAUGAAACAAGAUUUGAUCAAAAUGACGGCUAUUUUGACGGCUGAUCCUUCGAAGAAAUCCCCUUCUUUGAAAGGGUGUGUUCCUGAGAAAGGAGCGCACGGUGUUUCGACGGUGCCGUUAGAAUUGAUGGAAAAAGACCUUGAGAAAGUCAAAGAGGACCUUGAGAAAGUUAGCAAAAUACUAAGGAGCGGAACGUAUGACGUUGACGCGACAGUAAAGACAGUAGAGACAGUAAAAGCAAGUAGGGAGUGUGAGGAUUGGGUCCUCCUCUCUGACAGUGAGAUAGAGGAGGCCCAAAUGAAGGCAGCCUUGGAAAGCCCAGAGCCUGCCUUACGUGCACAUAAGGCUGACAGAGGGACUCCCAGAUCUAAAGCCAUAAAGGACAGCAGUGAUGUUAAAGAAUACCUCCUUGUUGCCCCAAAAGCAAAAUCCACCACUUCAACCAAAGUACAAACACCUCUUGGGGUUGAUGGGGAAGAUGAGCAACAAGGUGACCACGCCACAAUCUCUGAUACGUCACAAUCCGUGUCCCCGCUGGUUGAAGAGACUCCCAUUGGCUCAAUAAAAGACAAAGUCAAAGCCUUACAGCAGAAAGUAGAGGCAGAGCAAACGAGAAAAGGAAUUAAGCCUUCACAAUUGCUCAUUAGUGCCAAACUGCCUCCAAAAGUCAUAGGAAUCCGUCAACAUAGAGCAACGCCUGAAGCUGGAUCAGAAAAACACGAGGAGAGCAUCUCAGUUAAAGAGUUGAUGCAAGUGUUUCAAAAAGAGCCCUCGCACAGAGAAUCGGCAUUGUAUGAGCCCAAAACAUCCACAGUGCCAAUCUUGGAAGAUACCGCAAAGUCAGAAAACCUAUUGUUAAAAUCUGUGCGCAAAGAACAAGAAGUAUCGUCGGAUUCUAAAACUUGUCCACUCAGCGAGGUAGAAAAGAAGAGCACCACAGAGUCAGAGCUGACUAAAACGAGAGACUUUGAAAAAGGUGACCGUGAAGAUAACUCCCAAGAUGAAGGUGCCCCUGCAUACUCAACAAGUGCCAGUUCUGGAACUCCUCAUCUGAGUUCUGAGGAUAGUUGCAAACAUGAAGGUCUUGCCACUCGUGACACAAGCUCUGAAAGUCUGUGUGUUUCGCCCAAAAAUGAACAACAAACAGCACAGGUAUUGGCAAAAACCACUGCGGUGUCUAAAAAAGGAAGUCAAGGCACAGAAAAGACUGGAAUACCUUGUGAAAGUCAAGGACUUGGCCCUGGUGACCAACUGUCUACUGAAUUGACCUGCGGUGUGUCUUUCAGCGAGGCUGCAGAUGACUACACUCCAAGUGAGUCCACCUCUGAUGCAAGGAGCAGACCUUGGUGUUUUAAAUCUGAUGCCAUACAAAAGACAGUGUCAAAUACUGUCGAGCAACUUAAUGAUGGCGGCAGCCCCAAUUUUCAACUAUCAUUGCCUUUAGCUUGUUCGGAAACUUCUAAAUCCUUUUAUAAGUGCCAUGGAAGCUUGGAGUUGCUUUUAAAGCAAGACUCCGAUCCUCUAAGUCCAUUAGCCGAAGACUCUUUGACAGUAAGCCACAGAGACUCACUCGAAGGUAGUCCUGUCAUGGAUGAAAACUCCUCCAUUACGUCCCCAGAUUCCAUUGAACCCAGCCCCACCAAGGAAUCCCCUCCUCAUGACUCCUUAGAGAGUAGUCCUGUCGACCAGCACAGCUAUUCAUCAUUCCCAUUCAAGGUUGAUCAUCCAAGUCAAUCCGUAAUCCCUCCAGAGUCCUCUAAUGAAUCACCGAUCAAAGAUACAUUGCACGGUAGGCAUUUACGAGACCUUGAGGGUAGUGCUGAGGAUGACAGUUGUGAGUUGACAUCACAGAUGACGAGUUCUGCAGUCAUCUACGAAGACCCAGAGGAAGAUGAUACAUCAGACAGCAGUGAAGCUCAGAAAAGAGUUACCGCUAAAAUCAAAUCGGUUGAUGAGAUGGAGGGGGACGUAGAGUUCCCAAGGGACACGCAAUCAGGUGUGCAUGAUGGCGCCAAUGCAAAAGAUCUCCGCAACAAAACAGCUAGUGUGAGUCAAGAGGAAGCCCAGACAGACCUCUCAAAACUCAAUCUGAAAACGGCACCGCAACCAACAGUUCCGCCACCUGUUGAUGCUGGUACACACAGACCUUCCAAAGCAGCUCUAACACCAAACACAGAAAAUAGAACCGAUGAGCAAAAGGAGGACUGCUUACGGAAGUCAAGAGAAAUUGUGCCAGAAUUAGGGGUUGCCCGAUUUCCAACCUAUACACCAGCUAGUAACGUAACAGAUGAAGUCAAAGCUGCGCCGGAGGUUGGACUUGACACACUUAGUGAAACAAAGGAAACUUUUAAACCAGAGUUCUGUAUCUAUGACGAUACAGAGGAGGAUGAACUUGAACAUCCCAGAACUGAGUCCAAAGGUGUCACUGCGAGGGUGGACGCGGCGUACUCGUGGUCUUCCAUGCUGGACAAUGAUGAUGCUUUUGAAGCUCGUUUCAAAGUCGAGGAAGAGAAGGUGGUAGACUCUCAGUCUCUGCCAGGGACACCAGACACCACACCGGGUAAAACACCAACUGAGGAGAGCACACCAACAAGUGAACCCAACCCUUUUCUCUUCCAGGAAGGAAAGCUCUUUGAAAUGACGCGAAGCGGUGCCAUUGAUAUGACCAAAAGGAGCUGCGAGCAAGACGGUGGCAGCUUCGCUUUUUUCCAAAUUGGUGAACACCCGCACGAGGAGCCCGUAUUGGAAAACGGCAAGCAAGAAUGCAGGGAGUCAGCAGCACAACAGGAAGUCGCCCUCAAUCUAAAACUUGAUGUCAAGAUUAAGGAGCAGGCUGAAGAAACCGUAAACUCACAGCUUCAGUCGGCAACCGAGGUUGAUCAGGCAUCCGCCAAAUCAAAAAUCCCCAAAAUGGGCCUUUCAGCUUCAGCCAAGCCUGUUGCCAAAGAUCAACCAAAUCCAGAAUGUCGAGGGGCUGAAACAGACCACGGUAUAAAUAGAGCAUCCUCCGAUUUAGAUUCAAGCUCCACUGAUCAAAUGAUUAUGAAUGUAGAGACAGCAGAAACUACAGUUACUCGAUCGAUAUACGCUGAGCAGGGAAGAGAGUCAUCCGAUUCCUCUCCAGAUGAAUUAAAGUCAGUGAUACAGCCCCCCAAUUCGACUGAAGCACCCCAGAAAAGCGUCUCUAGUCCUGAUCCCCUCAAAAUCCAAUCUAAGCCAUCCCAUCAAGUUAAAAAUAAAACGGCUACUGCCACUGUAUCGAAAUCGCGAAUUCCCAUCAAAUUGAAGUCUCUCAAACCAGAACCUUUGGCCAAAUCCGCUGAAGACAAAAAACCCGCAGGGCGUACAAACAGGGAUCCACACAGAAAGUCUGAAAUGGACACAGGCACUUGUGUGGAUGUCAAGACGAAGAUGUCCACCGAGAGCCUCUCUGACGGGGCCUCGACCAGGCCAACUACAAAUAAAGGAGAGUCAAAACCAAAAGUCUUCCAGUCGAGAUUGCCCAUCAAAGGUAAAAGUGGCCUAUCUUCUCAAUCGUCAACACCCAGUAAAGAUAGAAGCAAGGCACGCAAGCACUCUGCUGAAGCUUUCGAAGAGAUCAGUGACGAGGCCGCAAAGCUCGUGGAAAGGCUGGCCGAGGCGAAGAAAGACGCCGACGACGCCUCAGAGGACGAGAGGAGUCUUAUCGAUCCGUCGGUAAUCAAAAGAGACUCAUUCGGCGAUAUGCACUCCCUGCCCUCGGGAGAGGACAUUGCUAUUGGACGGCGGCGCGGCAAUACUGUUGAGACACAGAUGCGGCAAAUCACGGCCAGGAGGGCUCAAAGUCAAGACGCACAAGCUGGAGCGGAGAGCAAAAAGCAAACGUUGUCGAUGAUCGCUGACCACCUGGGCUUCAGCUGGGAAGAGUUGGCACGAGAACUGGAAUUCAGUGAGGAGAGGAUCAACUUGAUAAGGACUGAAAACCCAGAUUCCUUGCAAGACCAAAGUUACGCCCUUUUGGAUCUUUGGACCUCGGGAGAGGGCGUAGAUGCCACAGAAAUGGCACUAAUUAAGAGACUGAGCGAGAUCAACCGCAUGGACAUCGUUCACCUGAUCAAAAACCGAGCGACGCCGUCAGCACAGGAGGGCUCAUCGUACACCGCCGCAAUGAAACCCGAACGGCAAAACGAGAUGGACACAACACGCAGUGGACAAAGCACGCCUGAAGAUUCAGUGGAACAAGCAGGCAGUCUGAAACAGCAGACGCCGGGUGCCGCGCCACCGUCGCGGUUCGAGGUGGAGCCCGCCAAGGAUCGAAAAGUGGGCAAGGUUGUCAAGACGACAGUGACGACUAGACGACGGUCGCAGGACACGAGCAGGGAACACUUGGAGAAGGUUAGAGAAAAACUGUCGCCACUACGUCACAAGUAGCGAGGGUUUUAUUCUUUUCGUAAUAUUUCCAUUUUAUUGUAACAGUACAUCUUCGCCACAAAUGAAUUUUUUUUUCUUCAUUUCUGGCUUUCUUAUGUCAUUACAUCUUUAUUAUCGGAACAUUGUUACUUGUUUUGUAAUAUUACGAAUUUAUUUCUGGAACAAUGCAGCUUUUUUCCUAAAUCUGACUUUACUCACAUAAGAUACCAACUUUUGUCUGUAACUUAUUAGGGCUUUACUCUCGUAAAAUUACUACUUUUGUCUUAUUCCAACUUUAUUUCUACAACAAUGCAGCUAUUUUUUUGUGAUAUACAGACUAUUCUCAUAAUUUGUCAUCCUUUUUUCCCUCCCAAUAUUCCAACUUUAUUCUCACAACAUUGCAACUUUGUUUGCAGUAUUAUGACAUUCUUGUGCUGCUACGUUUCCUCGUAAUAUUCCAAAUGUAUUCUGCUAAUCUUCCAACUUUAUCCUCAUGACAUGAAUUCUCCCCGUAACUUCUUUUAUUUUAUUUUCUUUUCUUUAAAUAAAACCAUGAUUUCUUUACAUUCUCUUUUAUCGUCAUUUAUUUUGUUUUUAUACAAUACGGUGGCAUUUUUGGAGGACUGUAACAAAUGAACAGCAUUUCAAUUCAUUUCAACGGAGAUAAUUGGUUUUAUACACAACUAAAAGUACGAAUAAACUCAUUCAGUCAUAUGAACUCAUGAAUAUUUGAGUACAAAGCGGCAGUUGAAUGACCUUUUAAACGAUGCACUAUUUUCCCAUAGUGUUUUGUGUGUGUUUU